CGUACGGUCAAGGGAGAAGCUCCAAGAUGGCGGCAAUGUAAACAAGAUCCGGCGAUAACUGAGAUGAAUACAGUGGAUAGCAUGUUUUUUCUUGGAGAAAAUGGUCAUGAUGGAACCCAGGUACCAAGCCAAGUUGAGCUUUAAUGGUCUCAACCAACACAUUGAACCUCAUAAACUACAAGCAACCGAUGCAAUUUCUGCAAUAUUGAGAUGUGGAGUGGUCUGCUACCUCCUGGUGUGAAUGAAGCUGAUGUUGCUGUAAGUUCAGAUGAUGAAGAAACAGUAUCUCUUCAUGAGAGUAUGUUAAAUGAAAAGCAAGAAGAAAAGAAGUUCCUAGACAAACAGACUUGUGAUCAUGAGGAAAAAAAUAUGGCUGAAAACCAACUUCCUUCUGCAGAACAGGAAUGUCUGGCAUGCCUUCCUGGAGUUCCCUUAGAUAUGUGGAAUAAAUUUCAGAAUCUGAAAAAGAAAAACCUUGACAUGAAAAAUCAAGAAAAACGUCAAAGAAAUAAACGACAAAAGAGAAAACAUUCCCCAAAAGGUAAAAUGAAAAGCAGUGAAGAAAUAACUGAAAGCCAAGAGUCUGUAAAAGAAAGACACUUCAAAGAGCUCACUCAAUAUUUUGGAAUCAAUGAUAGGUUUAAACCACUGGAAAGCAAGGAAACUACUCAAAAGUCUGGCCUUGAAAUCAGUAUAGAUAAAUGUGUAGCUGAAGGCAAUAUUGCCCAAGCUGAGGAAUUAAGUGAUAGAUUAGCUACUCGAGAGCUUGGUGUGAAAAUUGCAAAAGCUGUUGCUUGCCGAAAUUUUGUGAAAGCUAAGCAAGAUGUAGAGGUUAUUCAAGAGGCCCAAAAAAAGAAGAAACUUGCAUGGGGUUUUGAAGCAAAGAAAAGAUGGGAAACAAAAAGCAACAUGGGAUACAUGUAAUUAGUUUUGUCUAGAAAAGCUGAAAAAUUGUAAAGCAGGUGGAAAGGUUUGUUAAUAUAUAUGAUACAUAAAUUAUACAUUUGUUUGUUUUAGUUUGUAA